UUCCUGGAGAAGAUAGAUGUUCUUUUGGCCGAACAUAAAGUUGAUGAAGCACUGGAGGCCAUGGAUGCUGAAGAGAGGAACAACCCGGAUCUUAAAGGUUCAGUGGUAGCAGAGAUGCCCUCUUACAAGUCUGCUUUUAUGAAGAGAAAGACAGAUCUCGAGGAUCAACUCAUCAGAAUAGCUAAGCAGCCCUCGGUUAGUGUUACAGAACUGAAGCACGUGUUAAAUGGCUUGAUUAGGCUUGGAAAGGGACCUUCAGCACAUCACUUACUUCUAAAGUUUUACGCCUCACGCCUUCACAAGAGAAUCGAGAGUUUUCUCCCCUCAUGUUCAGUCUGCACGAACACAUUUCCAGCCACGUUGUCUAAGCUUGUCUUUUCUAAUAUCUCGGUAGCUGCAAAAGAAUCCGCGUCGAUGUUUGGUGAUGAUAACCCUGCGUUCUCCAAUAAAGUUGUUCAAUGGGCAGAGCGAGAAGUGGAAUACCUUGUACGGUUGGUCAAAGAAAAUGCAUCUCCUUCUGAGACGGUUUCUGCUUUGCGUGCUGCCAGUGUCUGCCUUCAAGACAGCCUUAACUACUGCACAGUGUUGGAAUCAGAAGGCUUGAAUUUGUCAAAGUUGUUUUUGGUGCUCUUCCGGCCUUAUGUUGAAGAAGUCUUGGAGGCAAACUUUAGACGGGCAAGAAGGGUUAUCUUUGAUUUGACAGAAGCUGAAGAGAACUUGGAGUUAUCGUCUUAUUUUGUGACAGCAUUGUCCGAAUUUGCAAUCACUUCAGACACUAAGCUGACGGAUUGCGGGAUUAGAUUCAUGCAGAUUGUGCAAGACAUGCUUGAGCAGUUAAGCCCACUGGUUGUUUUACAUUCUGGAGAAGGUGUGCUAAUGAGGAUUUUGCAGCUGUACGAUAAAUACGUGGACUUGCUGGUCAAAGCUCUGCCUGGCCAUUCGGAUGAAGAUGGCCUGAUCGAGCUGCAAGACACCAUCUUUGCCAGAGCUGAAACGGAUUCAGAGCAGCUUGCUAUUCUCGGGUCUGCAUUUACAAUACUCGAUGAACUUUUACCGAAAUCACUGGCGGAAGUCUGGAAUCUUCAGACCGCAAAUACUGGAGAAGGUGAGAGUGCCAUUCUAAACACAAGCUCUGCUCCGGAAUUGAAAGAGUGGAGGCGGCAGAUGCUUCAUUCAUUCGACAAACUUAAAAACUACUUCUGCUUGCAAUUUGUCUUGAGCUUCAUCUAUUCUAGAGAAGGGCGAACACGAUUAAACGCACAGAUAUAUUUAACCGAGUUACCAGACGAGUUGCAUCUGCCCUCGUUACCAUUUCAGGCAUUGUUUUCCAAGUUGCAACAGUUAGCGAUCGUUGCUGGGGAUGUUCUUCCAGGAAAAGAGAAGCUCCAAAAGAUCUUACUAGCCAGAUUAACGGAGACUGUUAUAAUUUGGCUAUCGAAUGAGCAGGAAUUCUGGAUUGCAUUCGAGGACGAGUCAACUCAGCUUCAACCAUUUGGAUUACAGCAGUUGAUCCUUGACAUGAACUUCACUGUUGAAAUUGCCCGGUUCGCUGGUUACCCGUUUAAGCUAGUCCAGAACCAUGCAUCAGCAGUCAUCACCCGAGCCAUUACCAUAUUCUCCGCCCGAGGCAUCGACCCACAAAGUUCACUCCCGAAGGCCGAGUGGUUCACAGAGGCAGCCAAAUCAGCCAUAAACAGGCUUCUGAUGGGCUCAGAGGCUUUGGAACCCGACGAGGAAGAAGACGACGGAGAAGAUCACAUCAUUCUCCACGACGAGGACGACGAAGAUGACUUGUCAGGUUCGGUGGAAACGUCGUCGCUCUCGACGGUGGAAUCGUUCGAGUCGUUUGCCUCGGCGAGCAUGGCUGAGCUCGACAGUCCCGUGUUCACCGAUUCCGAGCCCUGAGCUCUUAUCACAUCGCGUUUUGUUGUAACUUGUUGAAAGGCCGAAAAAUAUAUGGGCUCGGCCCAUAAAGGCCCAUUUAGAAUAAUGCAUCGAGGCACGAACAUCAGUCUGAAACCAUUUUUCAGCCCAUAAAGGUCCGUUUGAAAAUAUGAGCUCGGCCCAAUGUCCGCCAUGACAUUCAUGAAGGCCUACUGCACGAUUCCAACUAAAUAGUACUAUUGCUAUAUAUAUACACACAUGAUGCAUAUAGACAUUACAUAUACAGAGAGGGCAAGAUUAUAUAUAUAUAUAUAUAUAUCUGUGUGUGUGUGUGUAUAGCUUUUCUUGUGGGUGGGACAAAAGGUCAAUGUAUAAUGAUU